AUGGUUUGUGAGAUGGAAAGCGACUGUAUUGAGGAUAUUAUGGACAUUGAAGUCCUCCCUUCAAUGUGGCCUGAAGAUAUUGGAAGUGAUGUUGGAAAACAGUUCAAUAUAGAAAAGCCUGGAAUGGACCAAGAUAUGUUAGAGGAAGUCACAAUCUUAGGGGAGCCAACUAUAGCUGAUUUCCAGCGUUUGAUGGAGCUUACAAAUUAUACAGAUAAAGGGUCUUCUCAGUUGGCGUAUCUUAUGAAACACUGGGAGUAUAAGCAAGCCAAUGCGGUGCGUCUUCUCAGAGAAGAACUUGACAACCUUAGCAAACAAAGGGAGGAAGUUGAGCUCAGGAAGUUGGAGAUACUUGAAGACAAUCGGUUUGAGGAGGAAAAUUAUGGGGGUGAUAAACGCCCCGUUUCUAUUUUAGAUGAAGUUUACUAUACAUGGCAAGAAGUACAAGUUCCAUUAAGGAAAAAUGAUGUUGUUGUUCAAAACAAGAGAGUUGAAAUUGAUGCUGAGUAUGAUACUGUUGUGUACUGGAAACAGCGUGCCCUUCAUUUGGAAAGACAGUUGGAGGCAAGUGUCCAGAGAGAGCAGGUGCUUAAGGAAAAGUUGCAGGAAAGUAUAAAGGACAUUGAAAGGCAAUCCUCACCUGUGGAAGAACUCUCCCAGAUUCUGAAAAGAGCAGAUAAUUUCUUACACUUUAUACUCCAAAAUGCACCAGUUGUUAUUGGCCAUCAGGACAAAGAGUUACGCUAUCGCUUUAUCUAUAAUCAUUUUCCAAGUUUACAAGAGGAGGACAUCAUAGGAAAAACGGAUGUUGAAAUUUUCACAGGAUCUGGUGUCAAGGAAUCUCAAGAUUUUAAGAGAGAAGUAAUGGAGAAAGGAUUACCUGCAAAAAAGGAAAUUACUUUUGAGACAGACUUAUUUGGGUCAAAGACAUUCUUGAUAUAUGUAGAACCUGUAUUUAGCAAGGCAGGGGAGACAAUUGGAAUAAAUUAUAUGGGAAUGGAAAUAACAGAUCAGGUGAGGAAAAGAGAAAAAAUGGCAAAGCUUAGGGAAGAUAUUGCAGUUCAGAAAGCCAAGGAAACAGAACUUAAUAAAACCAUUCACAUUACAGAGGAGACUAUGCGAGCAAAACAAAUGCUGGCAACAAUGUCUCAUGAGAUAAGAUCUCCGCUAUCUGGUGUUGUUAGCAUGGCUGAAAUUCUUUCUACCACAAAACUUGAUAAGGAGCAAAGACAGCUCUUGGAUGUCAUGAUAUCUUCAGGAGAUUUGGUUCUUCAGCUUAUAAAUGACAUUCUUGAUCUUUCCAAGGUUGAGUCAGGAGUUAUGAAAUUGGAAGCUACCAAAUUCCGGCCAAGAGAGGUAGUAAAGCAUGUACUCCAGACAGCUGCAGCAUCACUGCAGAAAAUGUUAACCUUAGAAGGAAAUGUGGCAGAUGAUAUACCUAUUGAGGUCAUUGGAGACGUUUUAAGGAUUCGGCAGAUUCUCACAAAUUUAGUCAGCAAUGCGGUCAAGUUUACACGUGAAGGAAAAGUUGGUAUUAACCUUUACGUUGUUCCAGAACCAUCUUUUGCCCAAGCAGAAGAAGGCCAUCAAAACAGGAUCGCUGACCAGUCAACUAUUUUAGCAAUUGGGGUGAAGGAAGAGAAACAUCUAUCAGCACCUCGAAGUAGCAGUGAUCAAAAUGCUCUUGAUGGUAAAAAACACAAUGGUCAUCCCAGCCAAAAUCACACAUUUAAUGAUGAAUGUAGAUCUUCAGCUAAAAGUGAAUGCUCAGUGAAUGGAGAUAUUGAGGAGCAAACUCAUUCAACUGAAACAACAGUGUGGAUACGUUGUGAUGUACAUGACACAGGAAUUGGAAUACCAGAAAAGGCUAUACCUACUUUAUUUAGAAGGUACAUGCAAGUCAGUGCAGACCACGCUCGAAAGUAUGGGGGAACAGGGUUAGGACUAGCAAUAUGCAAACAACUGGUUGAGUUAAUGGGUGGUCGUCUAACAGUGUCUAGCAAAGAAAAUUGUGGUUCUACUUUCACCUUCAUACUUCCAUACAAGGUUUCAACAGCUUGUGAUAAUUCUGAUGACCCGGAUGAGCUCUCAGAUGUGGAUGAUAACGAUGAUGAUACAACAGAGGGAUUCUUCCAAUUCCAACCACGCACUUUGGGCUCUCUUUUCUCUUCUAAUGGAUCUAGCAGGCCCCAGAAUAUGUUACCAGGCUACAGAAGCUCACAUAAGUUUAAUGGUUUUUCAGAGAAUUCUUACUCAUUCCCUUCUGGUAACAUCAAAUCUAUAGGGAUAAGUUCAGUUGAGGAUGCAUCCUCAGUUGUAGUUGAUACUCCAGAGAUUUCUGAAUCAACAAGUUCAUCUAGCCACAGACCAGAAACAAAACAUGAAAGUUUAGUUAAUAGAAGCAAACAGAAUCAAGAUAAUUCACAUGCAAGGUUACAGAAUGGUAGUGCAGAAUCUUCUCAACUUAAUGAGGCAAGUAGAGGAAUGACUGUAGCAACAAAAUCAAGUGAAUCCCAGACGAAAACAGACAUAACUUCCCAAUGUGUUAUUAGCAGUAGCACAUCAUCAGAAGUAACCAAAUCCACAUUAAAGCCUAAGAUUCUUCUUGUUGAAGAUAACAAGAUCAAUGUCAUGGUGACACAGUCAAUGAUGAAGCGGUUAGGUUAUAGCAUGGAUGUUGUGAAUAAUGGAGCGGAAGCCGUACGUGCAGUUCAGCGCCACAACUAUGAACUUAUUCUGAUGGAUGUCUACAUGCCAGUUAUGAAUGGUCUUCAAACAACAAAACUGAUUCGGUCUUAUGAGGAAACGGGCACUUGGGAUGCUGCAAAAAUAGCUGGAAUUGAACAAAGUUUACCAGCUUCAGAUGAAUGUUCUGUACCACCUAAAAAGCGGAUCCACAUUAUAGCGAUGACAGCAAACACAUUGUCAGAGAGUUCUGAAGAAUGCUUUGCAAAUGGUAUGGACUCGUUUGUGUCAAAACCUGUGACUUUCCAAAAAUUGAAAGAGUGUCUUGAACAGUACCUGAGGUGA